AUGGCCGAGUCAAACGCCGCGGCGCCGGCCAUCAACACGCCCAUUGAGGGCCACAGAUUCGACGAGAAGGCCCCCGUCGAGGCUCCCGCUGCCUCCAAGGCCAAGGUCGAGGAGGACGAGGAGGAGGAUGAGGAUAUCGAUGCCCUUAUUGAGGACCUCGAGAGUCAGGAUGGCCACAUCGAUGAGGAGGAAGAGGACACCACCCCUGGCACUGGCCGUGUCGUCCCUGAGGACCAGCUCCAGACCGACACCCGCAUGGGUCUCACUGAGGCAGAGGUUCUCAACCGCCGCAAGAAGUGGGGUCGCAACGAGAUGGCUGAGGCCAAGGAGAACCUUGUCCUGAAGUUUUUCAUGUUCUUCGUCGGACCUAUUCAGUUCGUCAUGGAGGCCGCUGCCGUCCUGGCUGCUGGUCUUGAGGACUGGAUCGAUUUUGGUGUCAUUUGCGGUCUUUUGCUGCUCAACGCUGUUGUCGGUUUCGUUCAGGAAUUCCAGGCCGGAUCUAUUGUCGCCGAACUCAAGAAGACUCUUGCCCUGAAGGCUGUCGUUCUCCGUGACGGCACCCUGAAGGAGGUUGAGGCCCCCGAGGUUGUUCCCGGUGAUAUCCUUCAGGUUGAGGAGGGUACCAUUAUCCCCGCCGAUGGAAAGAUCGUGACCGAGGAUGCUUUCCUCCAGGUCGAUCAGUCCGCCAUCACUGGUGAGUCUCUGGCUGUCGACAAGCACCAGAACGACUCUUGCUACGCUUCCUCCGCUAUCAAGCGUGGUGAGGCUUUCAUCAUCGUUACUGCCACUGGUGACAACACCUUCGUCGGUCGCGCUGCCGCUCUCGUCAACGCUGCCAACUCCGGCACCGGUCACUUCACUGAGGUCCUGAACGGCAUUGGUACCAUUCUCCUGGUCCUCGUCGUCUUCACUCUCCUCAUCGUCUGGGUUUCCUCCUUCUACCGCUCCAACGGCAUUGUCGACAUCCUCCGCUUCACUCUCGCCAUUACCAUCAUCGGUGUCCCCGUCGGUCUUCCUGCCGUCGUCACCACCACCAUGGCUGUCGGUGCUGCCUACCUCGCCAAGAAGAAGGCCAUUGUCCAGAAGCUUUCCGCCAUCGAGUCCCUUGCUGGUGUCGAGAUUCUCUGCUCUGACAAGACCGGUACCCUGACCAAGAACAAGCUCUCUCUUGCCGAGCCCUACACCGUCGCCGGUGUCGACCCCGAGGACCUCAUGCUCACUGCCUGCUUGGCUGCUUCCCGCAAGAAGAAGGGUAUGGACGCCAUCGACAAGGCUUUCUUGAAGUCGCUGCGCUACUACCCCCGCGCCAAGUCUGUCCUGUCCAAGUACCAGGUUCUUGAGUUCUUCCCCUUCGACCCCGUCUCCAAGAAGGUCACCGCCAUCGUCCAGUCCCCCGCCGGUGAGCAGAUUACCUGCGUCAAGGGUGCUCCCCUCUUCGUCCUCAAGACCGUCGAGCAGGACCAUGAGAUCCCCGAGGAGAUCGACCAGGCCUACAAGAACAAGGUUGCCGAGUUCGCUACCCGUGGUUUCCGUUCCCUUGGUGUUGCCCGCAAGCGUGGUGAGCACGGCGCCUGGGAGAUCCUCGGCAUCAUGCCCUGCUCUGACCCCCCUCGCCACGAUACCGCCCGCACUGUCAACGAGGCCAAGGUUCUCGGUCUGUCCAUCAAGAUGCUUACUGGUGACGCCGUCGGUAUCGCUCGUGAGACUUCUCGCCAGCUUGGUCUCGGCACCAACAUCUACAACGCUGAGCGCCUCGGUCUCGGUGGUGGUGGUGACAUGCCCGGUUCCGAGGUUUACGACUUCGUCGAGGCUGCCGAUGGUUUCGCCGAGGUCUUCCCCCAGCACAAGUACAACGUCGUCGAGAUCCUUCAGCAGCGUGGCUACCUCGUUGCCAUGACUGGUGACGGUGUCAACGACGCUCCCUCCCUGAAGAAGGCCGAUACCGGUAUUGCCGUCGAGGGUGCCUCUGACGCCGCUCGCUCCGCUGCCGACAUUGUCUUCCUUGCCCCCGGUCUUGGUGCCAUCAUCGACGCCCUCAAGACUUCCCGCCAGAUUUUCCACCGCAUGUACGCCUACGUCGUCUACCGUAUCGCCCUGUCCAUCCACUUGGAGAUCUACCUUGGUCUUUGGAUCGCCAUCCUCAACCGUUCCCUGAACAUUGAGCUUGUCGUCUUCAUUGCCAUUUUCGCUGAUAUCGCUACCCUUGCCAUCGCCUACGACAACGCCCCCUUCUCCAAGACCCCCGUCAAGUGGAACCUGCCCAAGCUCUGGGGUAUGUCCGUUCUUCUCGGUGUCGUCCUCGCUGUCGGUACCUGGAUUACUGUCACCACCAUGUACGCUCACGGCCCCGACGGCGGUAUCGUCCAGAACUUCGGUAACAUGGAUGAGGUUCUCUUCCUUGAGAUCUCCCUUACUGAGAACUGGCUGAUCUUCGUCACCCGUGCCAACGGCCCCUUCUGGUCCUCCAUCCCCUCGUGGCAGCUGUCUGGUGCCAUCCUGGUUGUCGACAUCCUCGCCACCCUCUUCUGUAUCUUCGGUUGGUUCCAGCACAACGAGCAAACCUCCAUCGUCGCCGUUGUCCGUAUCUGGAUCUUCUCUUUCGGUGUCUUCUGCGUCUGCGCUGGAGUUUACUACAUGCUCGAGGACAGCAAGGGCUUUGACAACCUCAUGCAUGGCAAGUCCCCCAAGGGCAGCCAGAAGCAGCGUUCGCUCGAGGACUUUGCUAACUGUUUCACCAGUCGUUUCCCUGCAGCGUGUCUCUACCCAGCACGAGAAGUCUCAGUAAAGAAGGAUGUUUCUUCACAGCCUUCCUCAUCGGCUCUGGGUGCUCUUUCUUGGGCCGCAUAG